AUGAAAAAGCAAUUUUCAAAUCAGCGCUCCAAACGGGAGAUUUUGACAACUCAAAAUUUAUUGAUUUUUAAAUUCUGUCGGGUGUCGGGGUGUCGGACAUUCCAUUGUAUUUUGCAUUAAAAAGUUGUAAAAUCAGUGAUUAUUAUAUACAAAUUUUUAGUAAAUGAUCUUUUUACGCGUUGUCUCACGUAAAUACAGGAUAAUUUCGCCUAAUCAAAUCGAAUAUCGAGGUAAAUAAUUUGUAAACACAUUUCUAACCUCAAAAAAACAUCAACAACCGAAAAAAUGCUGCCCAAAAUAAAUUUAAAAGAGUUGACCACUACCGGCACCACUUUUCAUAUAGACCCAGUUGCUGAUAUAAUGGAAGACGAUUCUGAUGAUGAAGUUUCAAAAGAUGCUUACGAGACCGAGAUGCUGAAACACGCCAAGAUGGAGUGCAUGGGCGAGUUUGAGGAUGAGGACGUUUACGAUCCUACAGAGCCCUUCGAAACUUUCUCGUCGAAAAUGACCAAUUUGAUAGAAAACGGUGACAUAAAGAAGAGGGUUUUAAGAGAAGGGUAUGGUGACAAACCUGAAGACAAGAGUAUUGUAAAGGUUCACUAUAACGCGUAUACUGAACACAAUGCCGAACCCUUUGACUGUACUUAUGGGAGAAAAAAGCCUCAUAUUUUUACUUUGGGACAAGGGGAGGUGAUUCCUGGCCUGGACAUAGCCGUGGCUUCCAUGAAAAUCAACGAAAAGUCUCAAUUUCUUGUCAAGCCUGCUUAUGCGUAUGGGGAGUUCGGUUGUAUGGACCGUAUCCCUCCAAAUUCCUCUGUCUUGUUCGAGAUAGAACUUAUAGAAAUUAUUGAGAGUUCCGCGGCGGAGCAUUACGAAAACCUGCCCCAAGAAAAGAGGACAGAAUUUUCCGAAGUCUACAAAUACUGUAUGUCUCAGUGUGCUAAAGCUAAAGACCUCUUCGGUCGUAGCAUAAUAUCUGCUAUAAAACAGUACAACAUGGCCGUGUCGGCACUAGAAAACGCAGUCCUAUCCGAGUACGAAGACCAAGUCAAGCAACAGGAACUCUUAUACAAGCUCUAUUCUAAUUUACUCGUGUGCUACACGAAAGUAGAAGAGCCGAAGAAAGCCUGUAUCAACUUUAACAAGAUCAAUCAAAUGGUGCAAGGCAGCGACAUGAAAAUCUCGGCUAAAGCUUACUACAACAAUGCCAAAUGCUUGAGAAUGUUGGGUGACUACAGUCUGGCCAAGAGAAGGCUCCAGUGCGCCUAUAAAUUGAACCCCAAGAACCCGGAAAUUUUGCAGGAAUUCAAGAUUAUCGACGAGAAACAGAGAAUUUAUAAAGAGAAGGAACAGAUAAUGGCCAGUGCUUUUAUAAAUAGUAAGAAUAAAGAAACAAAGUAAGUUUCUUAAGUUAGACCAGUUUAUUUUUAUCGUAGUUGCUUCUUAAAUAUAUUUUUAUAAUCAUCAAACUAAAUGAUUAUUAUUAUAAGUGAAUUUGUGAUGUUUAUAUAAAAAGAAAUUUUUUAAUUAUUAUAGGAAACUUAAAUUGGUGUAAUAUCUGGAAAAAAAAUUAAAUUUUAAAAUUUUACUAUUUUUUUGACAUUCAAAGUAUUGAAUCUCUAAAGUAUCUAGUAUAUCUGGGAUGGAACUCUGUAACUAAAUAACAAUCGGUAGCGAUGAUGAAUACUGUCGCUUGCCGUGUAGUUUCUAUGGCCAAGAUCAGUAUUCUUCAUCGCUACCGAUUGCUAUUUAGUUACAGAGUUCCACCCCUAACGUUUUAGGACCAUAAAUAUAUACAGGGUGAUCCGAACUGUAUUCCGGAAACUUCGGCAACACAUUCUGCAGAUAAAAAUAAGUAAAAAAGUUCCUAUAAAGGUAU